AUGCGUUCACGAAUUGUCACUCGGGCGCAGCCACUGCGCGUAGCAAGGAUUCAAGCCUGUGCUCCCAUCACCACCACACCUACAAGUACACCAUUUCGCCGGAAAGAGGCUGCCGUACAACCUAGAAUACAGACACAACCACAGAACCGCGUGUUCAAGGAAUUACCACUUUCCGACCUCGUCCGCACACUAUCCGUCCUUUCCGUUGCCGCCCUACCAGCACCUCUCUUAUCAGCAAUCAUCGGCUUCGUCCGAAGACACAGCAGCUCCAUUGUCUCGUCAAGAAUUCUAUCAUGGCCAAUACGACGAACAUUCUACAAGGCGUUCUGCGUCGGGGAGUCCAAGUCCGAGAUUGCCGCGAACAUCGCCACUCUUAGAUCUAGAGGCAUCAAUGGCGUGGUGCUCUCUUUCGCACGCGAGGCGAAGCUUGACGGGUCUGAGACAAAUGCAGCAGCUGGGAAGGAAGACCUGGCGUUGAAGAGCUGGGUGGCUUCCAACAUCGAGACGAUUUCCCAGGUUAGCUCUAGCGAUUAUAUCGCUGUGAAGUUCACGGGAGCCGGUGCCAAAGCCGUGCAGGCGAUGCAGAAUUUCAAGUACACGGAUUCCACCAUGGUCGACGGCUUGAAGGCGCUCAAGGAGGGCAUGUUUGAGGUCUGCGAGUUCGCAAAGCAGCGAGGUGUCAAGGUCAUGGUUGACGCGGAGUCAUCAUUGCACCAGCCUGCGAUUGAUUACCUCACUUUAGAAGCAAUGGCCAAGUACAACACCGAGGGCAGCGCUCUCGUGUUCAACACCUACCAAAUGUACCUCAAGGCCUCUCUCGAAAACCUUAAGUCACACCUCCAGAUCGCCAGCUCUAAAGGCUACACUAUGGGCAUCAAGCUUGUCCGCGGCGCAUACAUCUACGUCGAGCCCGACCGUGCCGGUAUAAUCCAAGACACCAAGCCCGACACCGACGCCGCCUACGACGAGGCCGUCGACAUGCUCCUCCGCGGCACGCACACCACAACCGAAAAGCCCUGGACCGCCGAAGUCAUGCUCGCCACACACAACACCCAGAGCGUCGACACAGCAAUGUCCCUAUUCCGAUCACGGCCCGCUGGAAAGCAGCCGGUGCAGAAGCUUGUCUUCGCGCAGCUAAUGGGUAUGGCUGACGAAAUCUCGAUGAAGCUUGCGAAUGACAUCAAGGCUAUUUCUGCGGAGACAAAGGCGAACGAUGUUAGCGUUUACAAGUACAGUGUUUGGGGGAGUCUUGAGGAUUGCUUAUUGUAUAUGCUGAGGAGGGCGGAGGAGAACCAGGAUGCGGCGGCGAGGAGUAGAGUGACGGCUGGGCUGAUGCUCAAGGAGAUCGGUAACCGCUUUGCGUUUUGGAGAUAG